CCCGAUAUGACACCAUGCGGCGCCUCAUGAGCUCCAAGGACUGGCCGCUCACUCGAACAGGCACGGGGAUCCUGUCCUCCCAGCCAGAGGAGAACCCCCACUGGUGGAACGCCAACAUGGUGUAAGAGGGAGCCGAAGGUCUUUCCUUGGGGGUCCUGUCCUUGGGGGUCCUUCCUGGAGGAUCCUUCCUAAGAGCUUCAUCCCCUACUGCUCCAGCGAUGUCUGGAGUGGGGCUUCAUCCAAGUCUGAAAAGAACGAGUACGCCUUCAUGGGCGCCCUCAUCAUCCAGGAGGUUGUGCGAGAGCUCCUGGGCAAAGGGUUGAGCGGGGCCAAGGUGCUGCUGCUGGCAGGGAGCAGCGCGGGGGGCACAGGAGUGCUGCUGAACGUGGACCGCGUGGCCGAGCAGCUGGAGGAGCUGGGCUAUCCAGCCAUCCAGGUGCGGGGCCUGGCUGACUCUGGCUGGUUCCUGGACAACAAGCAGUACCGCCGCACAGACUGCAUUGACACCAUCACCUGCGCGCCCACGGAGGCCAUCCGCCGGGGCAUCAGGUGCUCUGGGAGGGAGGGCCCAUCCUGUGCAGAGGGCCUGGGGUGUGGUGGCAUCUGUGGGUGGAGAAGCUCAUGGGAGGCCAGGGGCAGCCUAACCUGCAGCAUGUGGCCUAGGUACUGGAAUGGGGUGGUCCCGGAGCGCUGUAGGCGCCAGUUCAAGGAGGGCGAGGAGUGGAACUGCUUCUUUGGCUACAAAGUCUACCCAACCCUGCGCUGCCCGGUGUUCGUGGUACAGUGGCUGUUUGACGAGGCCCAGCUGACUGUGGACAAUGUGCACCUCACGGGGCAGCCGGUGCAGGAGGGCCAGUGGCUGUACAUCCAAAACCUGGGCCGUGAGCUGCGGAACACACUCAAGGACGUGCCGGCCAGCUUUGCCCCUGCCUGCCUCUCCCACGAGAUCAUCAUCCGAAGCCACUGGACAGACGUCCAGGUAAAGGGGACCUCGCUGCCCCGGGCACUGCACUGCUGGGACAGAAGCCUCCACGACAGCCACAAGGCCAGCAAAGCUCCCCUGAAGGGCUGCCCCAUCCACCUGGUGGACAGCUGCCCCUGGCCCCACUGUAACCCAUCUUGCCCCACCAUCCGGGACCAGUUCACGGGGCAGGAGAUGAACGUGGCCCAGUUCCUGAUGCACAUGGGCUUCGACGUGCAGACAGUGGCACAGCAGCAGGGCCUGGAGCCCAGUAAACUGCUGGGGAUGCUGAGCAGCGGGAGCUAGGGCCCCGCCCACCUGCCCUCCAGGCCCUCUUGUCCUCCUAGGGCCGCAGGGCCCCGGCCAUCCCCAUCCUGGGUCUGGAUGCCCUCCCCUGGCAGCCUUCACUGCCUCUUUCCCACUGCCUCUGGGAGGCCCAGCCUGAGAUGGACCCACCGUCAGCCCAGCUGUGGCCCUGGGCCCCCUCCCAUCCCUCCCUCCUGACUCCCGCCUCCAGCCCACAGUGGGGAGUCAGAAGCACUGGAUUCCUCAGCCCCCAGCCCAGAAGGCCCCGCCCCAGCCCAGCCCCCAGCCUCGCCUGCCCUUUUGUAUUAUUUUAUAAAGUGACUUUUUUUAUUACUUUAAUUUUUUAAGAAAGAAAAAUAAGCAAGAAAUAUAUAGUGAAUGAUAUUGUUUUGUAACAUAUUUUUUUUAAAUAAUGAAGAAAAAAGAUAACAAAAGAG